AGAAGGCCAUAGUGUGACGUAAACGACGAUCUAAACAAGUAUCAGCUGUGUAGCAGUCAUUGUUCGUAUCAUCCGUAUUGGCAGGCGUACAAGAAUCCUGUUUUUUCGUGGAUUUAUUUGCUUUGUUCGGGGAGCGUUGUUCGUAGGUAAAGAAAGAAGUAAGCGCGCGUGUGGAUUUUCUAAACGUAAGGAGGAAAUAAAAAAGGGGGGAGGCGAGAAGAACUUUCCCGUGCAACGUAAUCGUGGCUGCGUGCGUGCUUCAGCCCCAGCCACAGCCCCACCAACGAACUCGAGAGGGACAAUAAUCGUGUGAAAAACGGGGCGGUACGCGCAUAAGCCUGGCCUCGAGCGGCGAGUCGGACGACGGUGGACUCGCUCCGCCACCGCGCAAAAGGUCCCGUAGUUCUCUCCCGGCUACUCUACGACCAGCGGACGAGCACCACUCCAACCCAGAGAUGGAGAACUAUCGCGUAAUGCAGCAGCAGGCCUCAAACGGUGGAGUUUCUUCUGGGCUGCAACAGAACGGAGCUACGGCUGACACUGGGGGACCACAAGCUAAUGGCAAUGUGAUACCGGAAUCCGAUAAUGACAUCAAUGGUGUGAAUGGGGAAACUAAUCCAAGUUUAGGACCUCCAAAAAUAAUGGACAAAACUAAUCAGGACAUUGUGAGGCUCAUCGGACAACAUUUGAAAACUGUCGGGCUAGACCGCACGGCAGACCUUCUUAUGCAAGAAUCAGGCUGUCGGUUGGACCAUCCAGCAGCUGCAAAGUUUAGACAGCAUGUUAUGGAUGGAGAUUGGAACAAAGCAGAUCAUGACCUUAACGAAUUAAAGUCCUUUUUAAAUGGUGCAAGUCAAAGCUUGGUGGAAAUGAAAUUCCUACUCUUAGAACAAAAAUAUCUGGAGUACUUGGAGGAAGGCUUAGUUCUAGAAGCUUUACAAGUCUUACGCAAUGAAUUGACACCCCUAGGCCACAAUACAGGCCGUGUUCAUCAAUUGUCAGCAUUUAUGAUGUGUAGCGGGCGUGAUGAAUUACAGACACGUGCAGGCUGGGAUGGUAAAGGUUCAGCUUCCAGGGCAGCACUUAUGGAUAGAUUACAGAGGUAUCUUCCACCUUCCAUUAUGCUGCCACCACGUCGACUUCAUUCAUUACUUUGUCAAGCAGUAGAAAUGCAAAAUCAGCAGUGCACAUACCAUGUAACGCAUAUGCAGACAAGCUUGGAAAAUGUGUCGCUGCUUGUGGACCACAGUUGUAGCAAAGAACAAUUUCCGUGCCAUACUGUACAAUUGCUGAACGAUCAUUGCGACGAAGUUUGGUAUUGCAAAUUCUCUCCUGAUGGUCUCAAAUUAGCCACAGGUUCUAAAGAUAUGACUGUGAUUAUUUGGGAUGUCGAUCCGGAAACCUUAAGAGUAACGCACAGAAAGACCUUGGAAGGACAUACGUAUGGUGUUGCACUUAUAGCUUGGAGUCCAGAUAGUAGUCAUCUUAUUGCCUGUGGUCCUGAAGAUUGUCCAGAAUUGUGGCUUUGGUGCGUGGAUACGCCUGACUGUGAAUUACGUGUUAAAUUAACGCAGAGUACCGAUGAUUCUUUGACAGCCUGUGCUUGGCAUCGAGAUUCGAAUAAAUUUGUUGCUGGAGGACUUCGUGGUCAGUUCUAUCAAUGUGAUAUGGAUGGUAAUGUCUCAGAUUCAUGGGAAGGUGUUAGAGUUAAGUGUUUAUGGUGUAGAAGCGAUGGAAAAACUGUUUUAGCAGCUGAUUCUCAUCAUCGAAUUCGAGGAUAUAAUUUUGACGAAUUAUGUGAUUUUACAAUAUUACAAGAGGAUCACCCUGUCAUGUCCUUUAGUGUAAACAAAGCGGAUAGACUUGCUUUACUUAAUGUGGCUAAUCAAGGAGUACAUUUAUGGGAUUUACAAGAUCGUUGUUUAGUAAGGCGUUUUCAAGGUGUUACCCAAGGACAUUUUACAAUUCAUAGCUGUUUUGGAGGUAUCAAUCAAGAUUUUAUCGCGUCUGGUAGCGAAGACAAUAAAGUGUAUGUAUGGCAUAUCAAGCGAGAGCUCCCCAUAGCAACUUUAACAGGACACAGUCGAACGGUUAAUUGUGUUUCGUGGAAUCCUGUUUAUCAUCAAAUGAUGGCUUCUGUAUCUGAUGAUUGUACAGUAAGGAUAUGGGGACCAAGGUCUUCCUCUCCCGAAAAAGCUGAUAAUGAUAAGACUGCAUCACUAGAAAGUGCAUCCUCAAAUAGCAGUGGCUGGCACGAAAUGGUAUCGUAGCGAAUUACAGCACAUCAAAAUUCCCAUGACUUCAUGGUGUUCAAAAGACUGUUUUACUGAAUGUCAUGCUGACUUUUUCCUGCCCAUUGCAAUUAUCCCUCUGUGCCUCACUAUCAUCAAUUUAUAGACCAUCAAUUAAAUGUGGAGGUAAAUGGGGGAUAUGGACGUUAGCAAUAUCUGCUAACCAAUAAAAUGCUAAUCAGAUAUGUAAAAAUUUGGGAACUUAUGUGUACGUUUCUUUUUGGUUGAUUUACGGAUUUUAUAUAAUAUAUAAUCCGUCUCACUAUAUCUCACAUUGAGCUGUGUGAUUUAUUCAUACGAGGUAAUACUUGAAAAUAAAGAGAGGAGCAUAAUAAAAAAUAAAUAUAAUAUGUUAUGGCAGUAUAGAAACUAAAGAAAUUCCGUCUUAGAAUUAGUAUAAGGGUGAAGGUUUAUAUGCAUGAAUAAAGAAAUUACGAAGAGAGCAACCAUUUGGUCACACUGUUUUGACAAGGAUUAUGUGAAAUCUGUUUAAUCAUGCUAAUAAAACACAUUGUAAAUAACAAUCGUACGUGUAGUGAAUCUCUAACUCGUUUUGUAUUUCAUCAGUGGAAAAGACAAGAUCUAUGUUUCUAGCAUACAAACCGAACUUGACGUCUUAUAUCGAACGAGAAUGCUUCAUGUGAUAUGCUGUUAAUCUUGAAAGGUUACUAGAUGAUUAAAUAUAGUAAACACAGAAAAUAAGAGAAAAGAAUUUCGAACUUUGUAUAUUGCCAUGCAAUAAAAGAAAUAAAUACAAGUUUUAUAAUUAUAAUUUUGUUGAAUAGAAGAAACUUGGAGUGCAAAGAUGAAAAUUUUACAAGUUUAUCUCUAUGAUUUUAAUACACAAAAUCGAGUUUAUAAGUAAACAUUGUAUAAUUACGUUUGUAUGUUUGUCUUUUAACUGCCACAUUUUCAGAAUAAAAACUCGAUUCAAAUUUCAAUUUAAUGUAUUAAAUAUCUCCAAGGCACGAUAAACAUUUUAUGCAUGACCUCAUAUCCUAUAAAAAUCAUUUUUAUAAACAUACCAUUUGGUUUUAAUAGUAAAAAACAUAUAUUUUGCUGUAUUAAAAAAAAAAAAAAGAAAAAAAAAAGAUCCCAAUUUUUAAUCCAUAUUAAAUGUAUCUAAUCGGUAAGAAUUUUUAAUGGCAGUUAUGGGACGAAUUGUUAAAAUCUUUAUUUUUCUAUAAUAAGGUGUCAAUAUCAAUGAAACUGAUAUUUGUUAAAAAAUGAUGUAAGCAUAAUGCAGAAGAUAUGUCAAUGUGUAUCAAGCUUUGAAUAUCUGUCUGUAAAUGCUGCUCAUAAUGUCCCUUGCAUCUUAACUUUGCUUUGCAUGCAAAAAAAGAUUGCUAACAUACUUUACUAUAAUAUACAUGCUACUUAAAAAAAAAAGCAAGAAAAAAAUAAAAAAAAAAAGCAAAGAAAUUUAAUUUUGCACACACAAAUUGAAAAGAUCUUCUAAUCAUCCUGAAGUGUAUGUAUAAAAGUGCUUACUUUCAUAGUAAAUAUUAUAUAUAUUAAAAAAAGAAAAAAAAAACAAACAAAAAGAAAAAAAAAUACAAAAGAAAUAUCUGUAGUUAAUGCUCCCAUAUAGUACUAUUAGGAAAAUAUAUUAAUCACGAUUAUCAUUUGCAUUUACCUCUGGUGCCUUAGCACUUUAUAAACUAACUAAAUAUUUCCAGCACUUUAUCAUAAUUUAUAAUAGCAUAUAUAAUACGUUUCAUACAGUUUACAUUAUGAUGGAGUAUAAUGUCUAUAAAAUUGUACAAAAGUUCUACUCGUUUAUAAGUAACCUUUCGAUUUAACUUAAGCAUUCACGUGAUGUUUUACAAUGGCUUCUUCAUAUGCAGCCUAAUAUGUAUAACUUUAAAUAGAUUAUUAUAUUAACAGCAAACCAUCUGUACAUGGUCUGUCUUUUGUACUUUUCCUCACGAUAUUAUAAAAAGCAAUAAUGAAGAUUGUAGAGAGAAGUAACUUGUACAUAGAAGAUAUACUACAUGUUUGCUUUACGAUUUAAUAUCCUUAAUAGAUAAAAUACUGAAAAAAAUUAAUGCCAUUAUUAUUUGAUAAUUGAAAAUAUAUUAUCUCUACAGACAUCUCUGUUUAAUAUAUAAAUUUCAUUCAGUUAUAUACUUCCAAAGUACAGAUUAUUAAUCUAUUACUAUCUAUAAUUUUUCAGCUUUUUAUUUUGUAACAGAAGAAGUUUUAUACAUAACUAUAUUUAAUGCAAUAUGUUUUCAAGGCAAUUAAUAGUUAUUAAUGUUUAAAUAUACUGUCAAUCGUUUAACUUUCUCAAUAUAGUUUUUCUUUUCUAUAACAAAAUAAAAAAAGUAUACUAUGAUGUUUAAUAUUAUUAUGUGAUGAAAUAAAUCAACGAUAAGGAAACGAAUGAUAUUUAGUAUUUUUCGAUUAUGUUAUUCUCUUUUUUGUCAAUUUUUAAGCAAGAGUUACACUUUAGUUUGUUAUCUGAUAUGUAAAUAAAGUAAUAAAUGUAUACUGUUUUAUUAUAAAAAAAAAAAAGGAAAAAAAACCGGAACAUUGAUGUGCAACAAUGACUCUCACUGAGAGAAAAUUUUGUUUUCAUUUAUAAAAAUAUUAUUAUCAUAAUUA